CACGCUUGUCAGAAUGAAAACUUUAAGAGAACUUUUUCAAGAAAACAUUUAGAUAUCUUGGAAAUUAUGUCAAAAUGGUAUCUGAUAAUCAUCAUUUACUAGAGGCAUCUACUACGAGAGCUCUUUGAGAUAUCUCAUUUGUGACAUUUCUUAAAAAUGUUAUCUUUAUGAUAUCAUGCUACAUGAUAUCAGUUUAAACUCUCAUGAAAGACAUCAUAAUGUUGUCUGGUCUCUGAACCGUCCAAAUGCGCAUGCGCCGCAAUAUAUAUACAAACGGCUCAGAAACUAGAUAACAUAAUGAUAUCUUUAAUGAGAAAUCCAUUUGAUGUCAUUACAAAGAUAUAAAUAUUUUCAAGAAACACACAUAACCCUUAAAAUUUGCAGUAUUAAGCUGUCCGCGGAUGAACAGACACGUAAUGAUUUUUGUUGGAAAGAAGAACACGACAUUUUAUAUUGAAAAGUUUAUGGUGAGUUUGUUAACCAGUCACAUUGUUUGUCUCGCUCUCUACGCAAAGAGGUAAGUAUAUAUUAAAUCUAUAGUGCAAUAAUACAAUCUUCGGAUAAUCUUUCGCACCAUUUGAUCACCGUUACAUUGUGUUAUUUCGUCGACGGUACAAUUCCGAUUCUUUCCAUCCGUUGCUUAUUCAUACGUCCUAUAUAGGACGUAUACAGAACACGCCAACCUGCUCCAGUCCGGGAUGCCGCCGUACAAUUCGGCGCCGCCGCCGCCGUUGCCGUCACAAGUCGCGGCGAGCCCGGCAGAUCCAGACCCGUCGCAGUUCGCUCCGCCUCCUCCUGCGCCUCUCUCGUCGGGGCAACCCAUGGCGAGUCCCCCGGGGCCCGGUUUCCCUCAGGCGCGACAGAAGCAGUAUUUACCACCGAUGCCGGGCCAGAGUCUGACGAGUCCCGUAGGGCCGGGCUUGUCGCAACCUGGCCAGAAGCAGUACGGCGGCUCCAUGCCUCCGUUACCGGGGCAAGGUCUAGCCAGUCCUCUGGGGAUGAACCGUGCGUCGCCUGGCGUCACCUCGGGUUACCAGCAACUGGCGUACCAACAACAGCCUGGAUAUCACAACCAAAUGGACAUGUAUAACAAUCAGAGAAACCUGUAUCAGAGUAACGCACCGAAUGCCACGGGAUACCAACCGGGAUUGCAGCCUUAACGAGCUAGGCGACUUAACCCGGAACAAAUGCCGAGUCCGAUCCAAGUGAUGCAAGACAAUCAAAAUAUGAGGGGCGGCGUGUUCAUAACGAAUCAGAAAGGUCUCGUGCCGCCGUUGGUGACGACAAAUUUCGUGACUUAGGAUCAAGGAAACACCUCGCCCAGAUACAUCAGGUCCACUAUGUACACCGUUCCCACCACUACCGACAUUAUAAAGCAGGUACAUUGGAAUAGACGGAGAGUCGGUUUUCUUAUUUCGGUGUUAUCGAUCACAUGAUGCAUUCGUAUCUUACGCAGACCAAUGUUCCCUUCGGACUCGUGAUAAGUCCGAUGGCCCGUAUCGUGCAAGGGGAAUGCGAACCACCGAUUGUAGACAUGGGCGAAAUUGGACCGGUACGUUGCAUACGCUGUAAAGCCUACAUGUGUCCGUUCAUACAAUUUAUCGACGCCGGUCGAAGGUUCCAAUGUAUGUUCUGCAGAGCGACGACGGAAGGUAACGAUUGCGAAAUUACUUAACAAGUGCUCGCGCAAGUUUGUUGCGUAAAAUGAUUGAUAUCUAUGUUUCCUGCAGUUCCAAAUGAUUAUUUCCAACACUUGGACUACAUAGGUGAACGUUUAGAUCGUUACGAAAGACCUGAAUUUUUUGAAAAUGUUUGAUACAUAAAAUUACAAAUACAAUUCUGUUUCGAAUUAUACAUCAGUGAGCCGGCUUUACUAAAUAUAUACAUUAUUCUUUUAUAGUACGUCGCUGCACGCCCAGUGAAGAACGGAGUUCACUAUUUAUCGUCGGGUGAUCCGAUGAUCGGGAGGACCGGCAGAAGAGGAGUCGAUUGCCAGUAGAGGUUGAGUUCAGAAUGGCGCUGCUCUGGUGGGAGAAGAUAUGUCUAGUGUUAUUAGCGCUCGCCGGUUUGAGGAUCGUCGUGAAAAUCGACUUUGUGGCGUGGAAGAAGUUGAUCGCUCCUAAUCUUGGAUUUGGAAUCAAUCUACGAAUGCAGGGAAAAUGGGCGGUGGUGACGGGCGCGACGAACGGCAUUGGAAAUAUAUUCUGUAUAUUGUACCUACUGUAUAUUGUAUCUAUGUAUAUAGUGCAGUAUAAUAAAUUUUAUGUUUAUUACAUUAUAAUAAUGAGAAAUUAAUUUUCCCCCAAAAAUUAUUAGAAUAUCUUUUAGACAUCAUAAACAAGAACUCUAUAUGUUGACAAACAUUGAAUACCUUAAAGAUAGCUGAUUUGAGAAAUCUUUUUGACAUCAUUUUCAUGAUAUCUUUCUGUUCUCAAAAACCGGCGCAUUAGAGAACAUUCUGACAUCUUUAUGUUAUAUUUUUGAAGCCUCUAUAAGUUAUCAGGUUCAGAAAUGAGAUAUCAUUUAGAAAUCUUUUUUAUAACAUAUUGUUUUGUGGGUAGGAACGUUAAUCUUUCAUUUGAUAUCAUAUUUUUCGAGUUAUCUUGGUUUGACCUAAAUGCAAGAACCACCUUAACUUUAACCGCAACAUAACUGGAUGUGAAGAAAUCGGGCAUAGAUCGAAAAAGCCAACUAGCAGUCCAUGAUUAUAUAGUCAAAGGGACGGAUGUGUCCCUGCCGUGCGAUUGCCGCGUGAUGUAUUGUUCAAAUCAUGGCGAAUGUAUAAGGAGACCGAACAGAUCGGAAGGAGACUGGUGACUGGUGAGGGCUCUUGCAGAUCAGCGCUAUUAAAGUCACUAGUGUUAAUCUAGUGACUUUAAGCGCUAUAUGUGUGCGCGACAUGCGACGCGCGAUAUCCAAUGAGCGUACAGCUUUUCUACAAAGCUUUGGAUAUCACGCGUCGCGUGUCGCGCAGGUCGCGCUAGUCUGUAAAGAGCCCUGACUGAGAAAUGACUCGUCGAUUGAACCCGAAACGAUGUCGGAUCGAUAUCGAAAUCGGCAAAUCGACAUUGAUUCGACAUCAUUUUGACAUCGAUCAAAAACUUUCUUCGACAUAAUGAGUAACGAAGAUAGACUGGUUUUUUAGCGCUAAUAGUAAC